GCCCCUUGCUCGGCGUCGUCUGCUUCUCCGAUAUAACCCGGGCCCGCGAUCCCGGGCGUUUCAUGGAGUACGCUCGCUCUUGGUACGAGUGGUGGUGCGACGUAGGGCAGCAUGGGCAGCAUCGUGUCGAGUCAGCAGCAGCACCUGGACGUGGCCGACCCCAAGACGGGCCUCACACCCCGCGAGAAAGGCCUCGUGCGUGACACCUGGGCACUGGUGCGCAAGGACAUCAAGGCUAACGCUAUUGCCAUCUUCCUCACGCUGUUUCAGCGGCACCCCGAGUACCAGAAGCUAUUCUCUGGCUUCGCGGAGGUGCCGCCAGAGGCGCUGUCCACCAACCCUCGGCUGGGUGCGCAUGCCAUGUCCGUGGCGUACGCCAUCACGUCGCUGGUGGACAGCCUUGACGACGCCGAGUGCCUGGUGGAGCUGGUGCGCAAGAUCGCCAUCAGCCACACCCGACGGCCGGUCACCGUCACAAACUUCGAGCACACGAUGGUCGUGAUCGUGGACACGCUGAAGGAGCGGUUAGGAAGCAAGAUGACGCCGGCCGCCGUGGCGGCGUGGGAGAAGACCCUCAGGCUGGUGGUCACCGUCACCGCAGACGUCUACAAGGACGCCCGCAAGAACUAGGCUUCUGCUGCUGCUCCCUCCUAUCGGCUCGCGUGCCGAGGACACGCCGCGAAGAGGAGCAUGCGACGGUCUCUUUGUAUACACACUGCUUCAAGCGCGAGCAGGCGACGCCUUCUUCUUGGUUGAGAGGACUCUUCGUCGGCGGAGAAGCGUUACGUCGUGUGGUUAUACGCUUAACGUGUUCGGGCGUGCUUUACUAGGACGUUUGUAUGUCGUCCCCGCUGGAAAUAACACGCGUGGAUCAGUUAGUCAAAUGGUGCCGCUAUCUGUGCUCGCUCGCUGUGCCGAAUCUUUAUAGGCACCUCUAUACACUUGAAUGAAAGCAAAUUAGGCAGCGGUACGCGAUGAUUUUGUCGGGUCUGAGGAACAGCUUACUUUUUUCGGGGCCGGCAGGCGUGUUUUGAAUUCUACCGCAGCUAUGACACGCGGGAGGAAGAGGAGGAAAAAAAGGCGGGCAUAUAGACACGGAAUAUUGCGACGUGAAUGGUGACGUGAAGAGCACGGAUAUCGUACGUUUUAUAGAGGUGCUCGCUUCCAUCAUCGUUGACGACGGCUACGUGUUCUUGUAGCGGCUGUUUUCGUGCGUUCAACUUUAUUGGAGCUAUAUCAUCAAUGUAACUGAAAGAUACAGUGGCAAACAGGGGCGUAGCCAAGGGGUGGGUUGGGGGGUUCAAACCCCCCCCCCCCCGAAUUUUUCAGUUUUGCUUGCGUAUAUAUACACGCACACAUACAAACGCACGCACGAACAUAUAUAAAGUAUGGUUGAACCCCCCCCCCCCCGAAAAAAAUUUCUGGCUACGCCCCUGGUGGCAAAUGUACACAAAACUUCAACAACGUGUGCUGUGUUCUGCGUGCUACAACACUACACCUGUAUACGCAUCAACUUGUGUUCCUGUAAAGCUUGCUUCGCUUGACAUCGACAUGACAAGACCAGUGGUACGUUAUCGGAACGUUCAUAUUCGCGCUGAUAUCAUUACCGCUAUUUCGUCUCAAGAGCACCGCGGUUACCUUUAUAACGUGUAUAUGAGCACCUUUAUUAAUGUUACCUCGAUCGCUCGCAUAGUUUCGGUUUAGUGAAAAUUCUGCCCCAACAUGCCUCCUUAUGCAGGUUGAAGGGCGCAGCAGUUUCGUUUAUUUAUUUCAUCUUCGAAUGUUAAUCUGAAAACUAAUGCUCUGGCAAAACCUGAUGCCGGUGUAAGAACUUCAGAACGACUACGCAACGAAAAAACACAAGACGACAAAGAAGACACACCCAGCGUUGGGUGUUGCCCUGGGUGUGUCUUCUUUGUCGUCCGAGUUUUUAGAUGCGAAGCAUCUCUUGCUCGGGGGUAUGUCCCGCGGCAUGUUAGUCCGCACUCACACUACGCAUGCGCAACUCUCCUCCUUCCCUCUCUCCAACAGCUGCGCCUUACUCUCUCCACUUCUCUCCCAGCAGCUGCUUGCGCUUCUCCUGCGUUCUCGCUUCUGCUCUCGCGGCGCAUGAGCUACUCUCCUCCUCUAGUCUCCUCUCCUUCAAGUGGUAGAGCGCUGCGCGCGUUCUUGCUUCGGUGGACUCCUCUGAAAUGCGGCUCGGCAUGCCGAAAUUCUCUCCUGCGCAGCGCCGCGAUGAGCGCCAGCGCAUGCGCGUCCCCUCCCCCCCUCUGUCCUCUCCUACGCUGCCUCCCUCUCGCGCGCCUGUAGACCGCGUUCCCCGCUCGCCCUGCGAGAAUUAACGGCCAGGCUAAAGGGAAGACACGACGCGCGUAGGGUUCCUCUUCGCGUUCCACGACGCGAGGUCGGUAGCAUGGCCAACGAACGCCAACGGAACGAGAUCGUGCAAGUGCUCGGGCUUCGCAUCGCCUCAUGGUCCCCUUUCGCGGAAGAUGGUGUAAUUUUUUUUCCUUGCGCAGCCGUUGUGAGGCUAUGAAUUACCAACUUGCCCAAAACGCUGCUCGGUGUAAGAACCAGCACCUAGGACAACAAAGACAGAGAAAGACACGACGCUACGAAUGUUCUCGCUCUGGCCUGUCCGUUCUCUGGUUCCCUGUUUACAAUGGAACACUUUGCUACAGUAUACGUAGUACACGUCGCGUAAGUCAGUUGUCUCAAACGGCCUUCGUGGCUGGUGUUCGAGUGUGUGCGCAUUUUGUCGCACUAGAAGGACAGAUUUAACGAACUACAAGUGCAUACAAGCACAUUUGAAUAUACAGUGCCCGAUGCACGGAAGUUGCCCUGCAAGAAAGUGCUCUUUUGCCAUGACACUUUUGCUUCUAACAAAGGGAAUCCACGUCAGAUGUACGUUUCUUAACUCUCUUGUUUUUUUUUUUUUCUUUCGACACACAGCAUGACAUAUGCAAUGCAGUCAUCACGAUUCACGUGCUGUUCGAGCAAACAACAGUAUUACCUGCAAGACUAUUUCCGUAAUGCUUCGAUGCGGUUUUAUUGUCAUCAAAUCCUCCGAAUUGGGGCAACGACCGUUUAAAAGUGUAUGAGGUCGUCGUUUUGUCAAUCCAUCUAUCUGUCCAAGGGUGUACAAAGCAAGCUACAAAGGUCGUGACAACAGCUCUCGCUCGAUGAAAAAGACACGUUGACAGAAAUGUCUAUAACAAAAACGGCGUGGUGAUGGGGGCAGUUUGGUUACAAAUUUACCAUAUGUGUCACUUUCUUAACGUCUGUUGUUACUUAUUUCAAUGGCAUGCUUUGCUUCGGCGACGUCUCGACAUUUUUUUCGCCAUCGCCAAGUAUAAACAAGUUUAUCGAAAAUAUACGCGCUGUUUUGACAUUUUCGCCAAAUUGUCUCAUGAUAGAUCAUUUGACGGCUGUAUAAUCAAUGUGCAAUAAAGCGUUCCGCUUGGCGCGCACUUUCUCAGCGCUCUGACACAUGAUAAUUGACGAGACGUUCUUCAAGUGGUUACAUAUGCUCUGAACAUGAAAACGACACUCGUAAAACGUUUGGGAGGGUUUCCCCGUAAGCUCCGCUCAUGCUAACGCUGUAAGCUUUGCGUAAAUCUUCGGACGAACUUGAGAUGUCGACGGGAACACAAAGAUGUGUGCCGCACGGGGACCGGUUACGCAUGUCUUGCUGUCGUCCCGACAAAAGUUAAUUAGUGCUUUUGGUAUCUAUUCGUACAGUAUUGUAGACCGCGAAAAGCUUGCACUGAAAGGUAUCAAACGCCAGCAAAGACUGCAUGCACUUGUAAUCUGAGCUUUAAAAGCAAUGCGCGAUUCCCGAGUUCAGGUUCGGUAAUAGUGCAUGGAUAUUGUGCACGUCAUCCGCUAUUUUUCAGAAACACAAUGUUAUUAUUCCAGCGAUUAUAGUGACCUGUACGCAAAAUCCCUGGAGACAAGUCUUUCAAUAACAAAAAUUAAUAAAACCUUGUGUCAUCCACUUAAGGUACUGCUAUUUUUGCCCCCGAUUAACAUGCCUGUGAAGCGUUAAAAAAGACGUGAGCUAUGUCACAUGAAUAUUUCAUUUAUUUUAAAGGUAGUAUGCACCAACGACCUUACCUUUCAACUCUUCUUGCCACAGUCAAAGAAGUAGUAGCGGUCGGAUGGUGGCCUGUUCGGGUGUUGCUUCAAACAGCGUCUACGGUCUUGUACCUAACCGUGGUUCAUAAUUCCGCUAAGCCUAUCUUAGCAGCCGUUUUGUCUUGGCUACACGGAGAUAGACUUCUGCUUGCGGCCAUGCAACAUAAAAUCCUUCUCACGCAUGAAAAGUGAAACAAACAUAAAUAUGAACAGAUACACGAAGUCUCGCUUGCGUGAACACUUGCGGUCAGCCGAUGAGUUCCAGCUGUUGAUUAAUUCCCUGCGAGAUUGACUUUGAGACAUUUGUGUCAUUUUAAGGAUACUUCGCUGGUGUGCGAUAUCCGAUAUAUUAAAGAAGGCAUCCAUGACGCGUGAAAAACUGUCCGGCUUUUCAGUCGAAACAAAGUACGAGACAUCUUCUUUCGAAGUGUGAGCUAGGUUUUCGUUUCCGCUUCGACGCCACCGCCGCCUAGCGGACGGUAGCACAGACGAGGGCGCCGACGAAACGAAGAAAACCAAACGUACACAUCAUGCAGACGACGAAGACCAAAGUUAAAGGGAUCAAUUUUUCUUUCGUUUUCUCAAUUCUCGCACUCCCGCUGUCCAGACUUAAUGGCGUUAUUAGCCACAGCCGGGUGGGAAAGCAAGCACAUGGCCGCGGACGGAGAACUAAUUUGCUACGCGACGCCAUGCGUGAACUCUAACAGCUGGCACAGAAAUAUCGCAAGACGAAAGAACCGAGAGACAGUCUCUUACAAAAACCGCACGCGCAGGGUCUAUCGAAGAUACGUUCGUCCGGCUUUCCACCGUCAUUUUCUUCGUGCUAACGAAUCCGUGAAAGAUUUAAUUAUUUCCGCUGAGGCUGGCGCUCUUUGUUUUCAUCCCGCAUAUGGUAUCUGCCCAUCCGAGUAUGUGACCAUCCGCUUUUUAUACGACCCUUUUUAUUUCCUUUUUUGUUCCUGUCUGUAAUGUCAGUUUCAGCCAACUGUGUUAAAAGUUACGUUUGGCGCGGCAGACUUCUUUGUGCAUUCUAACUAACCAAGUGUCUCUUUAUCUUUCUGUAAAAACCCGAUUUAUUAUGUAACAAGUUCCCUACGGGCAAAAAUUUAACAUUUAUUUCAUGCAUGCGGGCUCGUGCAGCCGUGGUGAGUUUCGAGGCGUACAGAACAUCAGAGUGAUGAGUUGCCGCAUGUCAGGGUAGAUGGCUAUUCUCAACGAGAGCAGUAAUGCGAAAAAUGAGCAUUUGCAAUUAAUCGUAUUUCAAUAAAUCACCAUAAGGUGCCGGUGUGCCUGCGCCACUACUGCCGCCCCCGGAAUAAGGGGUAUACUGGUUUAUUGUCUAAACGCUCUGCGUAUACGCUUUCAGCAAAAAAGAAAAAAAACAACAUAAUUCAGGGACUUCGCAGUCUGCUGCCUCCAAGGCCACUGUGACAGUCAGUACACGUGUUUGUACGCGGAAGUGUGCGGUGUUUGGUCACGGUAAUAAAUGACGUCACUGCGGGGACGCUUUUGACGUCGCGGCUACGAGACGCUCGUGAAACAUUUGGCGUGCACCUAGCGGUUGCAUCCGACACUGUGGCGUACCAUGGACACAAGGUUUCUUACGAGUAUUACAAACUCUGCUACCACGAUGUGACAUAAAACUGUCAUGGUAUACACUCAAACCUCAUUAUAACAGAGUCACAUCUGCCACGAAAAUAACUUCGUUAUAUCCGGAAAUUCGUUAUAAACAUUUAUUUGUAACACUGUAUUUAUGGCAAGACUAUUCUUUAUUUACUUCGUUAUAACCAAUAAUUUGUUAUAUCCGUGUUCGUUAUAUCGCGGUUUGAGUCUACACUGUUAACGUUAUCAUGAACAGGGGCUACACAGUAAACACUGUAGCAACACUGGCGCGCUUAUUCUCGCAAUAUGGCAAGGAGAAACAUACAAGAUCGUGUAGUGUUGAACAUGCUACGAGGCUUUUUUUUUCUCCUCUCACAUUUGGAUCAAAAUGCACCGAACCGGAAUUUUCGCAUUUUGUAUGUAAAUGUCUGGGGCCAACAGCUAGCACACACAACGCGAACCAGUUCGUGCUGCAACCAUUCUGUACGCAGAGACAAAGUUCGUAUACCAUCGGCAAACUUUUUCCCGAAUGCUUGUUUAGUGUGUGCACGUGACCACUGCUUUGGAAACAACCUGCGACAGCGGGCCAUUUAAUAUUACGCAGCUUAGGAUUUAGACGACAAUCCGAAAAGACCAGAAAAGACCCCCAUCAUUAUGUGUCUGGUUUUUUUUUGUCUGUUUGUUUGUGAAGCUGUCACUACUAACGGCUUCUCUGGGGCAUUAAUGAGUACAAAUUAGGCACAUGUUGUUUUGUUGAGCGUAAUACGCACUUCGUUUGUCGCGCUUUUAUUGUUGUUUGGUUUUGUGCUUACACCUGCUACGUUUAAUAACCCCACAAAAAAAAAAGAGAAAAGGAAAUGCAUGUUGUAUAAAUUUUUCAAGACCUGUCUAUACAUAAAACUGCUCUAUACUUGAAAUAAAUUAAUGUUUUUGAAGAAACG